CUAACACGGCCCAGUUCUUUGGCUGGAUCCGUCUGAAUUCUUUGUUGUCCUUUCCAACUCAAACAUCAAAAUAAGAAAACAAAAACAAAAUCAAAAACUUAAGCAUGAAGUAGAUGAACAGAAAGUGAUUACAUGAUGUUGGAACUUUCAAAAAUAAAACUACAAGUCCAACCCACUGUCCUGAGAUAACAACAGAGUAGAAAAACAGGAAGAAAUGAAAUCAUUUCAUAAACAAGUGAAAGGGGCAACUGGACUUGGAAAAGUCCCAAUGAAAGACUUCAAAAAACGCGUUGAAUUCUUGUUCCAACAAGUCCUAUUAAAUACACAAUUGGGUCCCAAUCUGCUUAAUUGAAAGCACUCCUUUCCUUAUCCCCCCCGUUCUUAUCUCCAUUUGAGAACAAAAAGGAAGAAAAAAGAUCUUCCCAUGGGAAGACUGAAACCUUGGCCAAAAUUUUACCUUCCCUUCAUGCUACUUCCAUUUCUCUUACUCAUUGGAUUCGCACAAGCUCAACAAAGCUAUGUAGACAACCAGCAGCUUGCCUGUGAAGAUCCAACCAAAGACAACAAUAUAACUAGAGGCUAUUUAUGCAACGGUGAGCAACGAUCAUGCCAAUCUUACAUUACUUUCCGAUCAGAACCACCUUUUUACAAUACAGCUGUCUCCAUAGCAUACCUGCUAGGAGCUGAAGCUAUGCAAAUCUCCUCUCUAAACAAACUCUCAGCUGAUGUUUCACCAAUUACGGCCAAGUCAAUGGUGGUUGUUCCAGUCAACUGCUCCUGUUUCAGCGGCGGCAACGGCAGCUAUUAUCAGCAUAAUGCUUCUUACACCAUUAAGUUUGACGGUGAGACUUAUUUCAGCAUUUCUAAUGAUACUUAUCAGGGUCUUACAACUUGCCAGGCAAUGGAAGCCCAAAACCCCAUUAACUUUAGGGAGCUAAAGGUGGGUAAUGAACUCACAGUUCCUCUUAGAUGUGCUUGUCCUACUGUUAGACAAACCCAAGGUGGUGUAAAAUACUUGCUUUCUUAUCUUGUUACAUGGGGUGAUAGCAUUUCUGCAAUUGCUGAAACUUUUGGAGUUGAUGAGAAAAGUUUAUUGGAUGCCAAUGAGCUAACUGAACAGGAUCUUAUAUUUCCAUUCACACCUCUAUUGGUUCCACUUUCUAAAGAGCCUACCAAGAUUGAAUUGCCUCAAGCCUCCCCACCUUCAGUUCCAUCUCCUCAGAUACCGGCUGAUCCUGUUGAAGAAUCUAAGUCUUCCAAGAAAUGGGUUUUCAUUGGUGUUGGAAUUGGAGCUGGUUUUCUUCUCCUUCUUGGUCUAGCAGGGUUCUUGUUCUGUUUCUGCAGACGUCAAGCUCGACCAAUAGCUUCACCACCACCAAAACCACCAUCCCAGGUCAAACCUUCUUCAGAUUCAGCAAAUUACACUGGAAACUCCUGGUCUUCAAUAUCUUCCCAAGGGGUUCGGUAUGCAAUUGAAUCCUUAACUCUCUACAGAUUCGAGGACUUGGGAGCUGCUGCUGGGAAUUUCAGUGAAUCUAACAGAAUCAAAGGAUCAGUUUACCAGGGUUCUUUCCAGGGUGAUGCUGCUGCUGUGAAAGUGAUUAAAGGGGAUGUUUCUUCAGAGAUCAAUUUAUUGAAAAAGAUUAAUCACACUAACAUUAUCAGGCUUUCAGGUUUCUGUGUACAUGAAGGAAACACUUACCUUGUCUAUGAGUUUGCAGAUAAAGGCUCAGUAAGUGAUUGGCUUCACUCCAACAAGUUUCAAACUUCAUUUACUCUUUCAUGGAAGCAAAGAGUUCAGAUUGCAUAUGAUAUAGCUGAUGCACUCAAUUAUUUACAUAACUAUAUAAAUCCGCCAUAUGUUCAUAAGAAUUUGAAGACUAGUAACAUUCUUUUGGAUGUUAACUUUAGAGCCAAAAUUGCCAACUUCGGAUUGGCAAGAACUUUUGAAGACAAUGAUGAAGGUGGAUUGCAGUUGACAAGACAUGUGGUUGGGACUCAAGGUUAUAUGGCUCCUGAGUACAUUGAAAAUGGUGUGAUCACACCUAAGCUUGAUGUUUUCGCGUUGGGGGUUAUUAUAUUGGAGCUUUUAUCGGGGAGGCAAGCUGCAAAUGCUGAAAAGAAUAGUGGAGGAGAGGAGUUGUUAGCUGCAUCUAUCGAAGGAGUACUUGAAGGUGACAACGUGCGAGAGAAGCUCAAAAAUUUCAUUGAUCCUUCUCUUAGGCCUGAAUAUCCCCUGGAUUUGGCUUUCUCUAUGGCUCAGCUGGCUAAAAACUGUGUUGCUCAUGAUCUCAAUGCUCGCCCUUCCAUGUCUGAAGUUUUGGUCACUCUAUCUAAGAUUCUAUCUUCGUCAUUGGAUUGGGAUCCUUCUGAUGAGUUUCAACGCUCUACAUCUCUAGGCAGUGCCAGGUAGAGAGUUGGACACUGUAAGAUGCUUUGGUGAAGGUCAAGUGCCCAACUAUAGAGGCAAAAAACGAAUGCUAGUGACAUUUUCCCUGCUAUGGUAUAAGACAAGUUUUCCCAUAAGAUUAUAUCAUACAUGUGUAUGCAAAAUAUUGUUGUCUAAUAUGAAAUGCGAGAUGCAAUUCAAUAACAUAUACUCCUGAAUAAUUUUCCCACAA